AUGUCGGGCACGCAGGGCAAGAAGGCCCCCAGGAACCCCGGCGGGUCGGCGGCCCCGUCGCGGCCGUCGCCGGGGCAGCCGGUGAAGUUCGCGCGCCGGACGCCGAGCGGGCGGUACCUUAGCCUGUCGCGCGAGGACAUAGACAUGGACGGCGAGCUGGGGCCGGACUACGCCAACUACACGGUGCACAUCCCGCCCACCCCGGACAACCAGCCCAUGAUGGACGGCGCCGAGCCGACGGCCGUGGCGAUGAAGGCCGAGGAGCAGUACGUGUCCAACUCGCUCUUCACCGGCGGCUUCAACAGCGUCACCCGCGCCCACCUCAUGGACAGGGUCAUCGACUCCGACGUGACGCACCCGCAGAUGGCCGGCGCCAAGGCCGCCCGCUGCGCCAUGCCGGCCUGCGACGGCAAGGCCAUGCGCAACGAGCGCGGCGACGACGUCGACCCCUGCGAGUGCCGGUUCAAGAUCUGCCGUGACUGCUACCUGGACGCGCAGAAGGACGGCUGCGUCUGCCCCGGCUGCAAGGAGCACUACAAGGUCGGCGACUACGCCGACGACGACCCGCAUGACGUGUCCUCGGGCAAGUCCCUGCUCGCCCGGAACCAGAACGGCGAGUUCGACCACAACCGCUGGCUCUUCGAGAGCUCCGGCACCUACGGCUACGGCAACGCCUUCAUGCCCAAGGGCGGCAUGUACGAGGACGACCUGGACGAGGACGGUUUAGGCGGCGACGGCGGCAUGACGGCCGACAUGAACCAGAAGCCGUUCAAGCCGCUGACCCGCAAGAUGCCGAUGCCGACGUCCAUCAUCAGCCCGUACCGGAUCUUCAUCGUCAUCCGGAUGUUCGUGCUCAUUUUCUACCUCACGUGGCGUAUCCGCAACCCCAACAUGGAGGCGCUCUGGCUGUGGGGCAUGUCCAUCGUCUGCGAGCUCUGGUUCGCCUUCUCCUGGCUUCUCGACAUCCUCCCCAAGGUGAACCCGAUCAACCGGAGCACGGACCUCGCGGUGCUCAAGGAGAAGUUCGAGACGCCGUCGCCGUCCAACCCGCACGGCAGGUCCGACCUGCCGGGCCUGGACGUGUUCGUGUCCACCGCCGACCCGGAGAAGGAGCCGGUGCUCACCACGGCCAACACCAUCCUCUCCAUCUUGGCCGUGGACUACCCGGUGGAGAAGCUGGCAUGCUACGUGUCCGACGACGGGGGCGCCCUGCUCACCUUCGAGGCCAUGGCGGAGGCGGCGAGCUUCGCCAACAUAUGGGUGCCCUUCUGCAAGAAGCACGACAUCGAGCCCCGCAACCCGGACAGCUACUUCGCCAUCAAGGGAGACCCGACCAAGGGCAAGCGGCGGUCGGACUUCGUCAAGGACCGGCGCAAGGUGAAGCGGGAAUACGAUGAGUUCAAGGUGCGGAUCAAUGGCCUCCCGGACUCGAUCCGCCGGCGAUCUGACGCCUUCAACGCCCGCGAGGACAUGAAGAUGCUCAAGCACCUCCGCGAAACCGGCGCCGACCCAGCGGAACAGCCCAAGGUGAAGAAGGCUACCUGGAUGGCCGACGGCACCCAUUGGCCGGGCACCUGGGCCGUGUCCUCCCCUGACCACGCCAAGGGCAACCACGCCGGCAUCCUACAGGUGAUGCUGAGGCCGCCGUCGCCUGACCCACUGUACGGGCUGCACGACGAGGACCAGCUGAUCGACUACAGCGACGUGGACACCCGGCUGCCGAUGCUGGUGUACAUGUCGCGGGAGAAGCGGCCGGGGUACGACCACAACAAGAAGGCGGGCGCCAUGAACGCCCUGGUGCGGUCCUCCGCCGUCAUGUCCAACGGGCCCUUCAUCCUCAACUUCGACUGCGACCACUACAUCAACAACGCGCAGGCCGUCCGCGAAGCCAUGUGCUUCAUGAUGGACCGCGGCGGCGAGCGCAUCUGCUACAUCCAGUUCCCGCAGAGGUUCGAGGGCAUCGACCCCUCCGACCGCUACGCCAACCACAACACCGUCUUCUUCGACGGCAACAUGCGCGCGCUCGACGGCCUCCAGGGCCCCAUGUACGUCGGCACGGGCUGCAUGUUCCGGCGGUUCGCGCUCUACGGCUUCGACCCGCCGCGCACGGCCGAGUACACGGGCUGGCUCUUCAACAAGAAGAAGGUGACCAACUUCAAGGACCCCGAGUCGGACAUGGAGCAGCUCAAGGCGGAGGACUUCGACGCGGAGCUCACGGCGCAGCUGGUGCCCAGGCGGUUCGGCAACUCGUCGGCGAUGCUGGCGUCCAUCCCCAUCGCCGAGUUCCAGGCGCGUCCGAUCGCCGAUCACCCGGCCGUGCUGCACGGUAGGCCGCCGGGCACGCUCACCGUGCCGCGCCCGCCGCUGGACCCGCCCACCGUCGCCGAGGCCGUGUCCGUCAUCUCCUGCUGGUACGAGGACAAGACCGAGUGGGGAGAGCGCGUGGGAUGGAUCUACGGCUCCGUCACCGAGGACGUGGUCACCGGCUACCGCAUGCACAACCGCGGCUGGCGCUCCGUCUACUGGAUCAGCAAACGCGACGCCUUCCUCGGCACAGCCCCCAUCAACAUGACCGACCGACUGCACCAGGUGCUGCGUUGGGCGACGGGGUCGGUGGAGAUCUUCUUCUCGCGGAACAACGCGUUCCUGGCGUCGCGGAAGCUCAUGUUCCUGCAGCGGGUGGCGUACCUCAACGUCGGCAUCUACCCGUUCACCUCCAUCUUCCUGCUCACCUACUGCUUCAUCCCGGCGCUUUCCCUCUUCUCCGGCUUCUUCAUCGUGCAAACGCUCAACGUCGCCUUCCUCUUCUACCUCCUCACCAUCACCAUCACCCUCAUCGCGCUCGGCAUCCUCGAGGUCAAGUGGUCAGGCAUUGAGCUCGAGGACUGGUGGCGCAACGAGCAAUUCUGGCUCAUCUCAGGCACAAGCGCGCACCUAUACGCGGUGGUGCAGGGGCUGCUGAAGGUGAUGGCCGGGAUCGAGAUCUCCUUCACGCUGACGGCCAAGGCGGCGGCGGAAGACAACGAGGACAUCUACGCGGACCUCUACGUCGUCAAGUGGUCAUCGCUGCUCAUCCCGCCCAUCACCAUCGGCAUGCUCAACAUCAUCGCUAUCGCCUUCGCCUUCGCCCGCACCGUCUACAGCGACAACCCGCGGUGGGGCAAGUUCAUCGGCGGCGGUUUCUUCAGCUUCUGGGUGCUCGCUCAUCUCUACCCAUUCGCCAAGGGUCUCAUGGGCCGCCGCGGCAAGACACCCACCAUCGUCUUUGUCUGGUCAGGCCUCAUAUCCAUCACCAUCUCCCUCCUCUGGGUGGCCAUCAGCCCACCGGAGGCCAACUCCACCGGCGGUGCGCGAGGCGGCGGAUUCCAGUUUCCUUGAUAAAUUAUUAGGGUGAUGGGAAAUGUUACUUCCCUGGUGUAUGUGUUGAUGUCCUCGAGCAUGCAUAUGGUAUGGAUGCACGCCAGCCAGCACCAAUCCGGAUGGUGCGUUAUACGUACAAUACAUGAUACAUGAGUUAGCAAAGUCGUUGUCUUGUGUGUUCUUCAAAAAAUACUUGUUCUCUCGUAGUUUUGUGUAUAUGUAUACUUGAAAGGAUUGGGUCAAUGUUUUUGAACAGGAGUAUUGGGGAACGUUUGGACUUUGGGGGAAUUAUUUGA